ACACUUCUGCUUAUGUGGAGCCUAGCUCAAUAGCCUCUUAGCUCUAUCUGAGGAGGACGGUGGAAGAGUUUGUUUCCUCUCCCUCUGAAGCCUUCUAAUCCUGCUCCGUUGUCUGUGUUUGCGAGCGGGCUGCUCCCUCUGCCUUUAUGGUUGUCAAGAUAGUUUCUCUCUCCCACUUCUGUGUCUCUCUUUCCGGCUGCCGCUAGAGAACCAGGAAGUAAAGAGAGAAAGGGGGGAGAAAAAUAAAUACCCAGCAGCUGAGGAAAACAAGGAAGUGAAUGCAGCCAGAGCUUCAGCUGUGAAGUGAAAGUAGACCAGGGCAGUUUGCAUAAGGAAGUGCUAGCUAGCUAUCGUCAACACUGGCUGUGCUCUCCCCAGCAGAGAGUUUAACGAAGAGCGACAGAAAGAGAACGAGACUGCAGCGCCUGCCUCACAGAAAUACCAGCACGAAGCCCGGGUUGUGCUGGUUGUUCGUGUCAGGAAGGAGAGAGAAUACCCGAGCAUUGUUCAGGAGGGAAUAGGCCCCAACACAGAGAAGGAGAACCGAAGAGAAAAAAAAAUAGCGGAUUUGAAUGAAGUUUAGGCCCUGCUGUGUAUAAUCGUAAAUAUUACUACGGAACUACAGUACCCGCCUUUGUCUCAUACACUAUUACUAAGUUCCAAAAUGCAUACUCGUGUUCUAUCUAGAGCGUAUAGCGAGUACGUAAGACAACUGUCAUUUUCAAGUGCGAGUCCAAACAUAAGAACGCAAAAAUGCAAGUAUGUGCUAAGUUUACCGGAAGUUCUAUAAGCGAAAAGUCUGGAAAACAAAGCUCGCAUUGGAACAUAGUUUUACGUUAACCGGGGAGGAUAUCCCAUAACACCUUGCGACAGAGCGAAACUUUUAAAUUAACGGGGUCUAAGGUUCCUGCUUGGGAGAAAAUGUUCCAGAGGAAUAAGGAAUACCUUUGUAAAAUGGUGUCCUGCUCAUAGCCCCCUAUUCACCCUACUCAUACCCACCACAAUGACAGACCAAGGGAAACCCUGGAGAGGAAGUGGAGGACCUGAGGAGGAGGAGUUACCACAGAUGGACGGGUCAUGUGACGCUUGUGAGCCUGACGAGGCGCAGCAGGCAACCCAGGUGUGUUACACCUGCAGCUUCGCCUUCUGCUCUACCCACGCUGAGAAACAUGUCCACAGCACACGACACCUACUGACACCCUACGACCAGGAAGUGGCGCAGCCCCAGGCCCGGUCCCAACAGCCGGCCAAGGACAGAGACCCAGGGGAGGGGGAGGAAAGAGUUCGAGAGAUUGGGCGUAGGGCAGAGCAAGAGGUGGUGGAAAAUGGGGCAUGCGGUGGGACUGGGGUACAAGAGAACGAGGCGUGUGGAGGAGAGAGAGUCCAAGGGGAGGGGAAAGUUGAUGAUGAAGAUGAAGAGGCGGUGGCAGCCCCAGAGGGGGGCAGUAAGAGGGAGACGGUGACAGUGGAGAGGCUGCGCUGUAAUGAGCAUGGCCAGGAGGGUACUCUUUACUGCAAGACUGAUGAGAAGGUCAUCUGUGUGGUGUGUGCCGUGCAAGGGGAGCACCGCGAGCAUGAGAUCAUCACCUUGCGCGAGGCCUACAGCUGGCAAAAGAGCAGGGAGGGUUAUGACCUGCUGGGCUGCACACAGAACAUGGCUGACCAUAUCAAGACCAAGUGGACCAACCCUGAGAUGUCUACAGAGCAGUUGGAGGCGUAUGUCAACAGUCAGUUUGAUGAGCUCCACCGGCUAGUUCGUCUGGAGGAGAAGAGGACCCUCCACCUAGUGGACCUGAAGGAAGCCUUCCUGACCGCCGCCGCCGCCGAGAAGAUCGCUGAGAUCACCGUCCACACCGAGCGGCUCCAGGAGGAGAUGGCCUGUAUCACGCAGCAGCUGGGCCAGCUGGACCAGGCCGAGGCACAGCCUGGAGCCGGAGUAGCCGCCCUAGCCCAGGGAGGACCAUGGCCCAGACCAGCGACUCCCAGAGCCGAGACGAGACCCUCAGGACCCCAGGGACUAUGGAGAGGGUGGGUCCAGAUCCUCAAUGGGACACGCCCCUUGACACCAGCUGCCCAAUCACAGAUCACUUCCCACUCCUCUCUUUCCUCCUACUUCUGUCCAGGAGACCAACAAAACAGAGAUUCUCCUCUCCAUGUCUGACGAAAAUGGAGUGAGAAUGAAGAAGGCUGUAACAAAAUGGAUGGCUCUUUCUUUCUGCUUUCAGAACUUUUAAAACUCUACUAAGUCUUUUUUAAAUUGAGGUUCAUGAGUCGAUUGCAAUCUAUUACCAUCAGGCAAAAUUUUCACACUCAAUCAGAUCCUUGUCUGGUGAGCUGUGCUCAGUGAGGAGUGUAGGUAGAAAAGCUGAGGACCUGCUAAAACCCAGCAGAUGUCAGGAUUGGAUCAUGAAAUUCUGAAUGUGACACGCUGUGCUUUACAUUAAUUUCUUCUAUGUAAUGACAAGCAGCAUUGACCAAAAAAAAGCCAAGCAAAAUAAGUUGACAGAACACCUUAGAUCAGAGGAGGAAAAUAGAAUGUACAGGACAAGGUGGGUGUUCCUGUUUUAUACUCUGAAGGGAAAUAUAUCACAAGUGUCUUAAAUCUGCCUUGACAUAUAAACACAACCUAGUACUUA